GAUAACGUGGUUAAAGGUGAUUUGUGGUUUCGGGAUUUUCUUAUCAAAUUCAAAUAAAAUGAACAAAAUGCUACCUUAAUUCCCUAUCAUUUUCAUUUAGUUGGUUCGCUGGACACGUGUGUAUAGCACAGAAAUGCAAGACUGCAGCAAUUGUUAUUUAAUAGUUCUAUUAGUUAUUUUGGGAGAAAUACUUGCAAUUGGAAAUUUGGAACCUCCAAAAAAUAUUGAAAAACUGCCUCCCUGUAGGACCUGCAAAGUUUUUGUAGAAUCUUUUAAAAAGGGGCUAGAACGUACAUCAAAAUUUAAAUUUGAAGGAGGAGAUACAGCCUGGGAAGAAGAAAAAUUGGGCAGUUAUCAAACCAGUGAAGUACGUUUUGUAGAGAUCCAUGAAAAGUUGUGUUCAGAAGUACAAGAUGGCAAGGAGUCAUGCUAUAAUCUCUUAGAAGAAUAUGAAGAAACUCUAGAAGAAUGGUGGUUCAAAAAACAAAAUUCUCACCCAGAUCUUUACCAAUAUUUAUGUGUAGAUACCUACAAUGUUUGCUGUCCAGAUUUUCACUAUGGAAAAGAUUGCAGACCAUGUCCUGGAUUCCCUGAUAAAGUUUGUAACAAUAAUGGUAAAUGUAAAGGUGCAGGCACAAGGAAAGGAAAUGGUAAAUGUCAUUGUGAUAAGGGAUAUACUGGUGAUUAUUGUGAUAGUUGUUCUAAGAAUCACUACGAAUCAUACAAGGAUGAAAAGACAUUGCUUUGUUCUGCUUGCCAUGAAGCUUGCCUGGAAGGAUGUACAAAAGCUGGUCCUGCAGGAUGUACACAAUGUAAACCUGGUUGGUUUAAAGAUGAAGAAAAAGGUUGUCUGGAUGUAAAUGAAUGUGUAGUUUCAAAAAGUAUGUGUUCACCAUUACAAUUCUGUAUUAACACUGAUGGAAGUUAUCAAUGCCUUGACUGUGAUAGGUCUUGUGCAGGCUGUACUGGCGACGGUCCUGAUAUGUGUAUCAAUUGUGCCAAUGGAUAUGUCAAAAAGGAUAAUUUUUGCAUUGAUUCGUCGGAAGAAAAUCGUAAAACCUUUGCAUCAUUAUCAAGAUAUUUAACCUAUUUGGGUUUAUGCAUAGCAACUUGUAUUAUAUUCAAUAAAAGUACCUAUGUGGCUGCCAUUGUAGGUUCCUGCGUAGCUGUUUAUAUUACAGUUUCAGAAUAUACACUAAAUUCUGGAAUUUUACCCAAAGCUGAUAUAGAAAAGCAGGUAUCCGAUCAAGUAAUGAAAGCAUUUAGUACCAAUUAAGAUAAUUUUUUUAGUUUAAUUGUUUUUUAUGUAAAAUCUAUUAAAUUCUCCCCCUAGACUGUGAAAAUGUAAGUAGUCGAAUUACCUACAUUUGUUUUAAAAAAUAUGUUGUGCUGUUUUAAUUUAUUGAAAGUUUAGUUGGUUUCUUUUGCAUAUAUGUUAAAAAACAUUUGUUUUAGUAUGAAGUUUAUUUUUCUCCAGAAAUAGCAAAACUAUGUAUGACUUAAGAAAUAUUGUUUUUCUAUUAAAAUGUAG